AAGUGCUACAGAGGAUCAACCGUCAGCAAGUACAACUCUCAGUACCACAAACUGUUCCAGACUGUCCCUAAAGAGGAGAUCUUGAUGAAAGUGUAUUCGUGUGCGUUGUUGAGAGACAUCCUGCUGCAGGGACGUCUCUACAUCUCCAGGAACUGGCUGUGUUUCUACGCAAACCUGUUUGGUAAAGACAUCAAGGUCUGUAUCCCGGUGGUGUCAGUUCGGCUGGUGAAGAAACACAAGACGGCCGGCCUGGUGCCAAACGGCCUGGCUAUCACCAUGGAUACUGGACAGAAGUAUGUGUUUGUGUCCCUGCUGUCCAGAGACAGCGUCUACGACGUCCUCAGGAGGAUCUGCACUCACCUGCAGGUGAACGGGAAGAGUCUGAGUCUGAAGCAGUACCUGGAGGAGCCCAGCUCUCUGUCCAUGGAUGAGUUUCCGGAGGUGUUGAAGUGGCGGAGGAAGCCGUCGCUCCCCGCCGUCUCCUCGUCCCUACCGGACCUGCUGGGAAACUCCUCCCCCGGCCUCACCACAGACACGCCAUUCAGCACGCACACGCUCACCGGUAGGCCCACCCACCUGUCAGUCAACAGUCACAUGGUGAUGAACACGCAGAGUGAGCCGCGUUUCCUUCUGUGUGCAGACAGCAGCUUGGAAACAGAGAAGAUCCUGCUCACAGAACCAGUACCUGAACUGGGUCACAUGGAGUACCAGCUGCUGAAACUCUUCAUCCUGCU